UAAGCUAGCUAGCUAGCUACUAAUUUAUCAUCAGCAUCAUCAAAUUGCCAAAAUGGCCAGCCAUGAGCAAAACCAGCUUCAAACUCACAAAGUAGGGAUAAUUGGCGCUGGUAUUAGCGGCAUCGCCGCCGCUAAACAACUCGCCCAUUACAAUCCUUUGGUGUUUGAAGCCACAGACUCAAUUGGAGGUGUUUGGAAACACUGUUCUUUUACUUCCACUACACUCCAAACCCCGCGAUGCGAUUUCGAGUUCUCGGAUUUUCCUUGGCCUCAAAGGGAUAACUCCACUUUCCCUACAUAUCAAGAAAUCCUGGAAUAUUUACAUAGCUAUGCUACACAUUUUGAUGUAUUGAAAUAUGUCAAUUUCAAUUCCAAGGUAGUAGCCAUCCGCUACAUCGGUGGUCGUGAUCGGGAUACUUCCCAAUCAGGGGACUAUGGUACUCUUUUGAAGGGCCAUCCUGUUUGGGAGGUCGCUGUUGAGACAAAUCAAUCCCAAAACGUGCAGUGGUAUGCAAUUGAGUUUCUUGUUAUAUGCAUUGGGAAAUAUGGAGAUGUAGCAAGAAUGCCAGUUUUUCCGGCAAAUAAGGGUGAAAAUGCAUUUAGGGGAAAGGUGUUGCAUACUAUGGAUUACUGUAAACUAGAUGAAGAUGGUGCUAGAGAACUACUCCAAGGAAAGAAAGUUGCCAUUGUUGGCUAUAAGAAAUCUGCCAUUGAUUUAGCUGUGGAGUGCGCCAAAGCGAACCAAGGAGCAGAAGGGCAACCGUGCACAAUGGUGAUAAGGACUUUACAUUGGACUGUUCCAUCAUAUUGGAUAUGGGGUUUGCCGUUUGCCUUGUUUUUUUCAACAAGAUCUUCUCAGUUUCUCCAUGAAAGGCCAAAUCAAAGCUUCUUCAAGACCCUGCUCUGCCUUCUUUUGUCACCAAUGAGAAAGGCAAUUUCCAAGUUCAUAGAGUCUUACUUGGUGUGGAAGCUUCCACUAAAUAAAUAUGGAUUGAAACCAGACCACCCAUUUGUGGAAGAUUAUGCAUCUUGUCAAAUGGCAAUCUUGCCUGAGGAUUUCUUUCAAGAAGCAGACAAAGGAAAUAUUUUGUUCAAAAGGGCAUCCAAUUGGUGUUUUUGGAGUGGAGGCAUUGAAUUUGAAGACCACACCAAAUUGGAGGCUGAUGUUGUUCUUCUUGCCACUGGUUAUGAUGGGAAAAAGAAGCUUCAAGAUUUGCUUCCUCAGCCUUUUAACAGUCUAGUUACAGACUCCAGUGGUAUCAUGCCCCUGUACAGGGGCACAAUCCAUCCGCUUAUUCCAAACAUGGGUUUUGUGGGGUACAUAGAGAGUGUGUCAAAUCUACACACAGCAGAGUUAAGGUGCAAAUGGCUUGCCAGAUUGGCUGAUGAGAAAUUCAAGCUUCCUAGUAUUCCAAAAAUGAUUGAACAAACAGCUGAAGAAAUACAAGUUAUGAAGAGAACCACAAGAUUUUACAAAAGGCAUUGUAUUUCUACUUACAGUAUCAACCACAGUGAUGAGAUAUGUAAGGAGAUGGGUUGGAAUGGUUGGAGGAAGAAGAACUGGUUCUUGGAAGCUUUUAGCCCUUACAAUAGCCAAGACUAUCAAGAAAAUAUAAAUAUAUAAAAAAUUAUUUGGUAGGAUUGGAGUCUGGUAAAAUAAUAUAUAAAAAACUUCGAUUUUAUCUAUUAAUUUCAUAAAUUAUAUGAUAAGAGUAACUUUUUGACUACGAAAGCUAUAUAUUUGAGUAGUUCGAGAGUAAUAAUAUAGAGAUAAAAAGAUCUUAUUUGUAAUGAAAUGCCUUCUAUUUGUAUUAAUACAGCUUGGA